AUGGCGCGACCCAGGCAUCCACCUUCGCAGACGAUCGUCAUUAAACUCGGCACGUCGUCUAUCGUGCAUGAAACAACGCAUCAGCCAUUGCUCUCGACCUCUCGGGGAUCCUCGGGCGCGAUUGGCGUCGGGCUAAAGCGAAUGGAGGUUGCGCACAAGCCCAAAAGCUUGUCUAAAAAGCAGGCACUAGCUGCUAUCGGACAAGGACGACUGAUUGCGCUCUGGGACAACUUGUUCGGUCAAGUUGGGCAGCCUAUCGCACAAAUCCUCCUCACUCGAGGAGAUAUAUCAGACCGAACAAGAUACCUGAAUGCGGUCAACACGUUCAAGGAGCUACUGUCUAUGGGUGUGGUCCCCAUCGUGAACGAGAAUGAUACAGUAUCCGUCAGUGAAAUCAAAUUUGGUGAUAACGACACGCUUUCUGCCAUUACGUCGUCCAUGAUACACGCCGACUACCUCUUCCUCAUGACGGAUGUCGAUGGCUUGUAUACCUCAAACCCUCGAAAGGACCCUAACGCGCGACGGAUAGACAUAGUUUCGUCAGUAGAUGCCAUUCGAUCUCAAGUCAGUAUAAACACGCUUGGUUCAAGCCUGGGGACGGGCGGCAUGGAGACGAAGCUCAUUGCGGCCGAUAUCGCCACCGCUGCUGGUGUGUCGACUAUCAUCAUCGAGUACAACGUCCAGCUGAAGUCCGGCGCAAACACCCCCUCCUCAGCCCCCUCUACCACCCCUUCGCUUACCCCCACUUCAUCCGAGUCCACAUCCAUCACGCCGACACCCUCAACCCCGCGUUUCCCCUGCGGCUCGUCUCAUUCUCUUCCCCUUGCCCGUCCACCACACACUCUCUUCAUCCCUGCCCUGCACCAGACACCUGUACCCGCCGGGAGCCGCGAGUCGGGCGGUCGACUGCUUGCCGCGGCGUUAUUGGUUUGCGGCGCCUUCGCAUCGGGACAAGCUGUCAGGAUCGUGAUCAGGAAGGACGAAAGCUCAGCCGGCGUUCGUGGAGACGGAACCCAACACGCCCGAGAUCUAUGCGACGGCAUCGCUCAGUUCGUCCAUCUCUCGAUCGCAUCGGCACUGGAGCACUGGGGAACGAUGGACGAGGAGAUGACGCCAUCAACGACGCUCAAGCCAUUGCCGGAGGACAGCCUCGUAAUCCUCGAUGGCGCUACGGUCGACUCGGCUGACUGGGAGGUGGAGGAGGUUGGGCGGGGGCUGGCGAACUAUAAUUCAGCGCAGAUUGAACGGGUGAAGGGAUUGAAAAGUUCUGUGAUCCCACAUCUGCUUGGGUAUGCAGAUUCCGAAUAUGUUGUAGAGAACAUCACGAUCCGUAUAUCGUGGACGUAG